AUGAAUGCCCAUAGACCGCUUUAUAGUAGUUGUUAUUUAUUAGAAAUAUACGAACAAAACCCCCUGGUGGAAAACGGUUCUAUUACAGGAGUGUGCAGACAUUUGGAAAGCAGACAGCAAUUCGCGCAAAAAGCAAAGGUCUGCUAUGUCAGAAUUAGUUCAGAGCAUCAGCAACUGAGCAUUAACUGGAAACCCAGAGGGUUUACUACCUUCUGUGAAGCUGAAGAACUUGAAGAGGAUUUGCUUUCCAUCGUCACAGUGUUUGUGGCACGUCAUAAUGGACUGCGUUCUAUUGCUAAUCGCAAAAGAGGGCGAGAGAUUAUUCAAGGAAGAGAAAUUUCCAGCAGGGAAGACACAACACGCCCGUCUCUUUCCUAUUCGGGAUUAGGAAGGGCACGAUGGACUUAG